UUUCGAUGGAAUUUCUAAAUGAGCAUCAAAAAGGGACGGUUUUCUUUAGUUUACUCCAUAAAUACACUUUCUCUGAUUCACUUUUGUGCCAGACAACGAAAUUUUGCACACUUGCCAGAAAAUCGAUUUUCCAAGCUCGAACGAUUAUUUGCCGAACAUACGUCAUCAUUUGCCAAUGACAUGGCAGUACCCAGGUCUUUCUCUCUCCACAUGAUAAACAAAUGCGUUUUUGAGAAGAAGGACAGGAAAAGCUAAGCUUCAAGUCGUCGAACGUUGUUCUUUGUGCUAAUAACACGUUUUAUUUACAUCCGUGCAUUAAUCGGUCGGCAGAUAAGAUACAAAAACAGAUCGUCGAAGACCUCAGUUGUCGGUACUGUGAAUCUUUGAAGAACGCGCGCAUGGAGGAAAAAAUAUAUUAAAUUUCGACGAAAAAAAAUUGAAGUCCGGUCAAGCUUGCUGCGUCCCUUCAGUCCAGGUGAGUCAAAAUCGAAAAUCUCGCUUUCAUUUUGUCGCUUUUUCAGUUUCAGUUUUCUAAGGUGAUCCAUUAAAAGCAAUUGUGUCUUACAUUUUCAGUUUUUUGGCCGAAAAUCCUUUGGUUCCAACACUCAGGACCCUUCCACAAUGAAAUUCUUUGACCAACUCAAGUUACUCGUGUGGAAGAACUUCUCGCUUCGAAAACGCCAACACGUAAGUUUAAUUUAGUCAUUAUCCGUCAUGAUUCUAAAUUGCUUAUGUAAUUUGCGUACAGCAAACGACUGCCGAUUCGAUUCCGUUCUUACAUUUGCAAAAAAAAAGUGGAAAAGCUUGUUUCUUUGUAGCAGCUGCUUGUUCUAGCUAGUGUACCGGUACCUGUGGUGUUCGUUCCUCAGGGCGAGCUUUUAUCUCCGCGGGUUUGCAAACAAGAUAAAUCGUUUUUCUUUGUGUACUUGUAAAAUUAAGCGUUAAUGCUAGAAUCAAGAUCACUUCACUGUCCUAUUUUAGCAUCGUUUUCCUUUAGCCGAUCGCGUUUCCGUGAUAUGAUUUCGAAGAACUCUUACAUGUAAGUCUGGUGAGCUCGAUAAAUUCGUCCGUAAAGUGCUUGUCGAUUUCCUUGGGACAUAGCGCGCUUUAAAAGUAUAUCAAAGCACGUGCUUAGAAUGACUUAUUCACUUUAUUUAAGCUGCAGAAUUUUAUUUUUUCUGUCAAAAGGAAGACCAAUGGGUUUUUUCGCCGCUCAAAUUGCAUCCUUCUUAUGUGGUGAUGACGUAACAUUUUCUCUGACGUCCGUAUCAGCCCUCUGUAAACGAACGACCCCGUCCUUCGCACACUUUUGCGUGUGCUGAAAAAAGAUCUGUUUCAAGAAAUAUUUUGUAGUCUUCACGAUUGCUUGGUUACUGAAAUAUGGUGCUAGAGAAAUUUACCAUUUUCGAUCAAAGAAAAAAAGGCUUUGUCAUAAUAUUACAAUCAAUCUAAAAUGAAGAAAUAAUAUUGGUUCGAAAAUUCGCAUGUCCGGACUUAGUGGACAAUAGUCUAAAUAAUUUUAUAAACACUUGAAACAUGGCAAGGUAAAGCACAUGAUUCAGAGGAAGCAACUUUUAUGGUAUUGAACAUGCUCUUUAAUGACUUUUUCCUAUCUUUUGUGAUCAACUUCCUCAGAGUCAUGUGUAGUGUCUUUUUUAUCAGAUCCUUUUGGAUUUUAAAUCAUAACCCACUGGUUCACUCAAUAUAUGUUCCUGGUUACAUUUGGAAAUCUAAAAAUAAAUAUUAUAUUUAUUGGUUGCUAGUUCAUGACUUGGAGUAAUAUCUGGAAGAUGGCUACUGAAGUUAAUUUUUUAUUGUCUUGAAGACAUUUACUUUCUGAAUACUGCAAUAAGAUAUUACUUAAAAUUGUUUGAGGAAAUUACAGAAAUAAAUAAAUAUUAAAAAAAAAAAAAAUGUUGAAAACAUAAUGACAUAUUUGUUGAAGACACCCGUAGGAAAUUAUUGUAACAUGAAUGAGAAAUGUAAGACCUUGUGAUCAGCGCUUAAAAAAAAGCUUGAAUUCCAGCAUGUUCAAAGGACAAGUAGCCAGCUCCCACAUUUUGCUUGCCCAGGGCAAUUGCUUGCUUGUCUUAGCUGAUGAUUUAGUUACCAGAUGACAUGCCCUUACCCUUGGCCAUCAAGUGAGGUUAAAAUGUUAGUUGUCUAACCAGGAUAUCUACUUGUCUCAGACAGCCAGACGGAACUUUUUUUCGAACCCUGUUCGCAUGCCUGCAAGUGUUUUUAUAUGUAAAAAAAAACUAAUCGUCAGUGAAGCGGUUUUGAGUAUUUUACUCCACACUGGAUAGCAAAAUGAAUUAUUUCUGUCUUAAAUAGGGUCAGUGUUUGAAAGCCUUGGGGUUACAUCUUUACCCAAACUGCCCCUGAGUGCUCUGGGUGAGGGGGGUGGGGGGGAAGGGGAAUGUACAAUGUACGAGUGAUUGACUUGGAAAGGAGGUCAUGUUUUGGAUUCAAAGAGUUAGAAAUCCAGGUUCUGCCAUACCAUUUUCAUAUAUUUUUUAGUCCACCCUUCCUUUUAUUUAUAGAUACCCAGUAUGAACUUGAAUAAAGCACCCUAAUAUCAUAUCACUGGGCAAUAAGAUCAUGGUGUAAUACGUCUAAGCUUCAGUUUUAAUAACAAGGUAUAUAGCUGCCCUAUUUAAUUCAGCUACUAAAGGUUUAUGAACUACAAUGUACUUUGUGCAAUGAAUAUGAAAAGUCAAUAGUUGAAGGUGUCAUACAAGAUUGCAGUGUGUAUGCCCCAACUAGUUUUGUUACAUGGACAUUCCACUUACUUUAAACUUUGCUUUUUUAGUUAAGAAAUCUUGUGGAGAUAGCAUGGCCACUUGUUCUGUUUAUAAUCCUUGUGGUUGUGCGGAAUCGGAAAGGUUAUGGGGCAACAAGAAUACCUAAUAGUAAGUAUUUUGUUGCAUACGUUGUCAAUAAAUGUGGUUCAGUCAUGAAAUUUUAAAAACAUGUGUGGUCUGAUGUUUUUAUUUAGGGGGCUUUGGAUGGACCCUCGCUCUGCUUGUUAUGGUUAAGAACUUUGCAUGUAGAAAUGGCAGUCCCAUUUACAGUAUUGUAAGGAUACAAUAAUUUUCCUCAUUAGAGCUUUAUGCCUUAACACUGUACAUUUGCAUUAAAACAAAGGCAUUUUUAUACCUGCCAACUUUUUCUGAGAUAUAAGCGUGAGAUUUUUAUCCUGGGAAUGCUGGGAUUUUUGAAGACGACACGAUCAUUUCCGAAGAUUCCCGAAGAAGUCCGAAGUCUUCCGAAGACUUCCGAAGUCUUCCGAAGACGUCCGAAGUCUACCGAAGUCUGCCAGGCGAGCUCGCUCCCAGUGCUUUUCACUUCAAAAAUCAGAGAUCGCGAGGAAGAUAUUGCCAUUUAUUCAUUUUACACAUGGUUUUCGUUCUUUACAUGGGUCUGAGUUAACAUAUUUUUGGAAAUUGUGUCAAGCAGGACGGCAACAACUCACAUUUUUCAAUCAGGCGUGAGAAAUUGGCCCGCAGGCGUGAGCCGGCGUGAGAUCGCAGUUUUCAACCCGCAGGCGUGAGACUCACGCCUAAGGCGUGAGAGUUGGCAGGUAUACAUUUUUGAGACUAAGGCCCUGUUUGCAUUACGACGAAAAAUUGGGUUUGGCUUUUGCAAAAAAUUUGAAAAUUUCAUAGUCACUAAUUUUUCGUUUUUGUAACCUUGUCUGCACCUGAGGCCGCAAAAAGUUUUUUUGUAUCCAAAAAAGUUAAUAAAAGGUACUAUAACUGGUCACAUUCAUGAAAUAAGAUGAUCCAAUGAAGAAUAGCUGUCAAGGAACAAAAGACUUUGUUGUCUGACAAAAAAAGAUAGGCCUCCAAAUUUUCUCGAUGUCGUCUCUGAGAAAAAAUUGUUGACACUAGAAAUGGCUUCCUGUUGACAGAUUUUUUAGCAAAGCAAACAAAAUAUUGCAUAGUGCGAACAGGGCCUUACAUCAAACUAAUCACCAUUUUACUUCAAGUGGUAAAGGAAAUACCCUCCUGUUCUUGCCUAGGUGAAAAGCUCAUUGGGUGGUUGUAUUAAGCAAUUGAAAAAGGAUUUAAUAUUAUUUUCAACAGUCACACCAUUUUGUUUCCUUUCAUUCUCAGGUGUUUAUCGACCAAGGGCGCUCCCUUCAGCUGGAAUUUUUCCAUUUGCAAGGUCAUUUCUCUGUGAUUUCAAAGGAUCCAAGACAAGUGAUCCCCUGGAGCUGUCAACUGGAUUACCAAAUCUUAGAGCUUCAAGGUAUGGGAUAAGCCGUAUUUCCAAGUCCAGGGUUCUCAUUAAGUGCCGGUAGCCUGCUAAAAAACUGGCUACUUGGAGGUUUGAGCCGUCUACUUUUUUGGGAAAUAGGGUAAAGUGAAAGAGUGAAAGCCUGAAAUUGCCUUCAGCACUCAGUUACCAAGCUGCUUGAGGGAUGGCGCAGUUGUGAGAGUGCUCGCCUCCCACCAGUGUGGCCCGGGUUCAAAUCCUGGUGUCGACGCCAUAUGUAGGUUGAGUUUGUUGUUGGUUCUCUCCUUUGCUCCAAGGGGUUUUUCUCCGGGUACUCCAGUUUCCCCUCUCCUCAAAAACCAACAUUUCCAAAUUCCAGCCAAUUGGACCAGGAAUCAGGUAGACGAAGAACCACUUUGUGGAUGUGCUAACUAGUCCAAAUCAUUAUUUAUGUAUUUUAUUUACUUAUUUAAGCUGCCUACUUUUACAUUUUAGCUGUCUAUAUGAGAACCCUGAAGUCUCCUAAAGGAAACUCAUUUCUGAAAGACACUAGUCCUCUUUAAUGAUGCCAUGGUUUUAUUCAACUGUCUCUUUGAAAUACACCCAUAAGCAUGUCUUUUACUGUCAAAAUCAGAAAACUCUGAACAUCUGAAAUAUCCCAGGAAUGUUUAUUGUGUGGUGACAAAUCAAAACAAAGAUCAGGUCAUGUGUCUAAGCCACACAACUUCCUGCUUGCAGUUUGUCAUGGUUAUUUUCCUGACAAUCUUAUAGCCACAGGUCCCCCAAUCUACUUCCCAGCUACUAGUUCCCAAGCUUUUGGAUGUUGAACGGUUUUCGCACUUGCUGCAUAGUAACUCCACAUGAGUAACAAUGCAAAAAGCUGUUCAACUUCAGUUCAUUAACACUGUGAAUUCUUUCUUGCUUGACAGUUUUGGCCGAUUAGUGGAAGAUUCCCUUCCUUUGCUGGCAAACAACACUCUUAGAGAGCGGCUUCUGAGAGUAAAUCAAGACUAUAGAAAAUUUGUGACAGACCAGCAAGCUUGGAAUGACCUGCUUGGGGACUCUUCGAGGCCUAUUCAAUGGCGCAGUUAUAAUUUGUCAGGUAUGAGGUUUUUUUCAAAAUGAUUUAAUUUUUUGUAGUUUUGAUGUAGAUCAGUGCACUCAAACCAUUUUCCCAAAGUGAUAGGCCUAUAUGCCUGAAAACAACACCAAAAAAAUACAUCUGGUUAUAAAGCUUUCCCCCGAUAUAAGCCCCCUCCUAACUUUUGAAGAAAUAGAAUUUGAUAUUUUUACGAUGUUUCGAAGGUUAAAAAGGGAGCAAAUAAUUCAAAACGUGUUUUAAUCACCACUGCUAUGUAACUUGUUUCUUGAAAUGUUUUUUUUAGUUUGGUUAUACAGUGUAUAAAGCCCCAGCCUCCCCCCCCCCUUCCCCAUUUACAAAGCCUUCUAUAACCCCUCAUGAAGUUGUAAGCCCAGGGCUUGAAAGUGUUAGUUUACGGUAUUGUUUCAUAAGUGAAAAUUUAAUUACUUAAUUUUUAACUUAAUUUAUAAUUGGAAGUUUACAGUAUUGUUUCAUAAGUGAAAAUUUAAUGUAAUUUUGAGCUUAAUUUAUUAUUAUUUUUUAAAAUGUUGCAGAUGUUCCAUUAGACAAGUUGCUCAAAGAUCCUGCUGGUUUUCAGAAGUUUCUUUAUGACACGACUAACCUUAGUCCAAAAGUAGUGACGGAGCUCUUUAAUAGCACUGUCAAUGUGCAAAAGGUAUGUUCCAGCCACUUUCAGGUUCUACACAAUGUGAUUAUGCUGAAGCAGGAGAUCAAGUUUUUUUUACAACAGAUACAAACUCUUUUUAUAUGAAAGGGUGGCUGUCUUGAUUAUCAAAUAAUUAUUGUUGUACCUGAGAUGUUGAAGAGUUGGUAGUUGUAUUAAAUUUAAUAAUUAUACAGUUUAUAAAAAGAGGGAGUCAUAAAUGUAAAAAAUGAAUUUUUUUCAAAAGUCUCUCUCAUCAUAGAAAUACUCAGUAGUGAUAUGCAUGUAACUUAUUAUUGUGUUUGCAUAUUGAAUGGCUGUGACAUGUAUUUUAUUUUAAGAUUUCAGGACUCAAUACAACAGACUUAAUGUUUUCAAUUUUUUUAGUUAAAAAAAAUAGAUUUCUCCAUUGACCUGGUCAUUCGUCCAAUAAUGUGUAGGUGUUACAGGUCAAAAUGAAGUUUAAGUUAAAAUUUUCUGUUGAGUUACCGGUGGGUUGAUUCUCAAUUUUCUUUGUCUCCUAGUCCCAGUUUGUGAAUAAUAAAUAAAAAAAUGUUAAAAUAAAUAUUAAAUAAUGAUUUGCAGAUAGCACAUCCACAUAGUGGUUCUUUGUCUACCUGAUUCCUGGUUGAAUUGGAAUUUGGAAAUGUUGGUUUUUGAGGAGAGGGGAAAACCGGAAUACCUGGAGAAAAACCUCUCGGAGCAAGGGAAAGAACCAACAACAAAUUUAACCCACAUAUGGCGUCGACGCUGGGAGUGCUAGCGCUCUUACCACUGCGCCACCCUUGCUCCCCUGAAUUACAGCUAGGAGAGAAAGGAAAUUGAGAAUCAACUCAAGUUAACAAAUUAAUUUUAACCUGAAUUAAUUUAAUUUUGACCUGUGACAUUGACAAUUGAAUAUUUUGGUAAGAGGAAGGCAAAUAGGUGCUUUCAACUCAGUCAUGUUGGAAGAGAUUUACUGACACUCUUGAAGACCCAUCUUACAAUGAAUUAUCAAUUUCUAAUUAUCACUGAUUCUUUAUUCUUUUUUUUUGUCAAUAAUCUGCGAUGUUAAAAUGGAUUGAAGAUCAGCGUACAUUGUAUGAGAGAGCUCAUCUUAUUAUGUUAUUUUUACUUGAUUUUUCAGUCAUGUACUGAAACUUUUGUUUGCUUAUUUUUUAUUUAUUUUUUAAUUUCCUGUCGGCAGAUUGUGGCCAUAAUUCAACCUUUGUCACAGCUUUCACAGAGUGCAGUUCCUUGGUCUCAAGGAAGUCUUUUGGGUUCAUUACCAUUACCUGGCUCAUCCUCUGGAAACCAACAGGCCAAUUUGUUGUUUUGGUUGCUGUUAGCCAACUCUUUACAAGUAUGUAUUCCCAGAGAUGCCAACCUCUGGAGAUCUAAAAUCUGGAGACUCUAUCUCUUGUUGAAUGUCAACAAACGCCCACCCCACAAAUCAACCCAGUCCCCAACUUUUGACAGUCAUACACUGUAGGAAUGGCUUAGGACAUUAUAUGAAGUCUUACAUGAAGUACGUACCAUCAAAAUUCGCAUUCAUCAAUGUACGAACUAGUCUUUGUCAGUGACCAAAUAAGUGCAAAAAUGCCCCAGAAAUGGUACUGUUUUGGAAAAAGUGGACUAAUUUUGAAACUAAAUCACAUAAAUAUUCAAAAUUUGAUUUUAUCCGGGAGAUAAAUCUCCCUUAUGGAUGAGUGGGAGAUGGGUGCUUUAUUCUGGAGACUCUUGGAUAAGAGGGGAGAGUUGGCAUACAUGUAUUCCAUGCAAAUUAUUUUAUAUUGAACAGGGUAGGCCUGGGGUACUUACCAUGCGUUUACAUGGGAAAACUGGAAUGUCUGGGUGGAAAAACAAAUGGUUCAUGCCUAUCCGUUUUGGAAGCUUCAGAAAUGAUGGACUGUGAUGUAAUACAUCACCUCAAAUCACAAUCAUUGUUCUAUAGUUAAACCGCACUUUAGAGACACCUGGUUAUUAUGGACACCACAUUAUUACAGACAGUUUGCUUUGUCCCUGGGCCGGGGAAUUGAAUAGACUUCUUUGUAGUGGGUUGUUCUUCCACCACCUGAAAUUUUACAGUUUAGUUUUUAUGCUCAAAUUUCCACCCAGUUGGUUUGUGCAAAUGGUAAGAACCCCUGGGGCGCUUUCCAUUUAGGAAAAAAACCCGGAAAUUUCGGUGGUAGCAAAAGUGGAAUUUCCGAUUGGUAAAAAGUUGUUCCAUUUGGUCGUAAACCCCGGUACGUGGCGGUGCCCGACCGUGGACCUGGAACUGGUACAAACUACGAGAAACGUAAAUGGAACACGACAUUCCGUUCGGAAAUUCCAACCAGGAAAGCGGGACCACCUUUUCAGAUUUUCCACUUUUUCUGGGAAUUUUCCAGUGGGAUGAACCGACGAAACGUGUUCCAUUUACCGCCGAACCGGAAAUUCCGGAAAUUUUGACUAAAUGGAAAGCGCCCCUGGUUUCCACUUGUACUCUACUAAGAUCAUCAUGAUUCAUCUUGGGUGAUCAUUUAUUAAAUUCUUGCAACCAUUCUGUUAUGCAAAGCAUUUAUUUUACAUGGUGAAAUUUGAUGUUAAUCACUAAAGCCAUCUUUUUGUUUUGAGCUAAUAAUUAUUUUGUUUUGUAGUCUGAAGGAGGAUUAAAUGGAGAAGCUGUUAAAGAGAUCAUGUGCGACCCCAGCUCUCCGCUGAAUCUUCAAGAAAUCUUGAACGGACCUAAUGUGGCAGAGGUUAAGACCGCCGUAUGUAAGCUUAAUGUUUCAGUGCUUGGUGCAGUGGGAGACGAGUUCAGAAGACAGCUCCAGUGGCCAAAUGUCAAUGACUAUCAGGUGACAUUUUAAUAACAUUCUUCGCUCUUCCUUGAUGCUCGCUAGAGAACAAUGUAUAAUUAUCUUAAGGCUACACUCUUUCUUUGGCUUAAAUUUAAUUGAUUUGCCCCUUUUUUGGGUAUGGCAAUGUAUGAUAAUGAGUCUGAAACAAAAAUUGAAACAAAACGUGCAUUUUGCUAUUUAGUAUGAGUAAGGUACAUGUAUUUAUAUUGUAUUCGCGGCUCGGCAAACCUUCAGAUCUCUUCUUUAGGGGGUUGUUUUAAGAAAAUAAAUGCUUUUCUAGUCUACGCCAUAAAAUGCUGCGAGUUUGUUUCUUGCUCGGCCACUUCGCGGCCUGAAAAGGUCGCUCUGCUCCCUUAGAAACUCGUGAGGUCGAGUCGCAAGUCUGACAGUUUAUAAUGGUGUUUUAAAAGAUAAAAGCGCUGGGCUAACUGAAAAUGGCUUAGGAUGCGGUUUUGUUGAACACUGGAUUAACUGCGUGUAAAUUGCUGGCCUAUUGUAAGUCUUUCUGAUGUCCAGGUGGUGGAACAAGUGGGGACUUUAAGAUUCAACGACGCGACCGCAACGAGUACGUAAAAAAAAAAAGACAAAACAAAACAAAGCAAAAAAAACAAACAAACAAAACGAAAACAAUAAGUUUAAUAAGCAAAACAACAACUUUGCACGUGCAUCACACUUUUUUGUACAAUUCUUCGCCGUUUUUGCACGACUACGACGUGAAAAUGCCUAAUUACGCGACUUGUGGAGAACGUAAACAAGCAACGACGAAAUUUUAUUUCUCUUUCUGAACUUGGAUUUGGUUCCUUGGAAUUCAACUUCAGGAGGGUUCGCCUACAUUUGACAAAGCAAGUAAGUAAGAAUAAUCGCGAUAAAGACUGAAAGAACGCAAAUUCACUUUUUAAACGACGUUCCCCUUUGCCGUCUCGUCGUUGGAUCUUAAAAUCCCAAGUGCUUUGGGCAAGGCGCGGCUUGUUUUGCACAUGAGUGCCUCGGUACAUGUAAUUGGUAAUCCAAGAUCAGUUGAUUGAAAUGCUGUUCCCAAAGGUUGUUUAUCAUUUACAUGUACAAACCGGUCGGUUAUUGGUUUAGGCAAAUAGACCCCUAUCAGCAGAACCUUUCUUACGCUUGCUCGAUUUUUGGCGUACUUGAAAAAGACUCUCAGUACUAGAGCAGCUGCUCCUUAUCCCGGAUUCUGCAUGAAUCUAGUAAGAUCUUUGUUGAGCCUGUGCGGCAUUUUAGUAGGAUAUAACUAUGAACCAAGACCUAAUAGCUGUGUGCUUGCUACAACGGGCACGUUUAUUGCCAUUAGUUUAUCAAUAAACGGAUAUUAGCACUCGAAAAACCCAGUUUGACCAGCGAAAACAAGAUUGAGUAUUAAAUCCAGAAGGGUGGGCUGAGGCCCAGGGAGGGGAGAAAAAGGGCGGUGGGUACCCCAGAUUUCAAAUGAUGGGAAUGAUCGAAGGAUUUUUUGGGGGUUUCAAAGUUUUCGAUUCCAGGAUUUUUUUGGGCAGGACAGUUUGGCAAGAAUUUUUUUGGAUGGCUUAAUUUAAGCGGGGAUUUUUUUUCAUACAAUCUAAAGAUUCGUGGUAGUGCCCGCGUUUCCCUAGUUCUGCGAAUUAAGUACAACCAAACGUUUCGUGUAAUAUCAUUUAAUGCUUUUUGGACAUUUAUUAAGGCUCAAAAAUUUGAACACAAUGAAGAUCUCUCGUAGGGUGGAAUGAAAUGAAAAUGAAAAUCAUUAGCGUUUACCAUUUGCACGAAAAAAACAGUUAUUCCGGUGGGAAUACAGACGGCAAUAAAAAUGUUAUUUCCUCUAGAUAACUCGUGUAUUAAGUGUAUUUUUUGUCAACACGUUGUUUUUGUUUGUGUUUUUCAGACAAAUGAAAAUGUGACAAAGCUGUUAACGGCCUUACAGGAUGACAUAGCAAAUCUGAGUGAGGAUGUAAGUUACAUUGCACUUGUUGAUUUAGACCCUGUUUACAUGGAGUGGGGGACCCCGGUGUAGUGGGGUAAGUUUCUUUUGUUUUGUGUCCACCAGAGCGUGAAAACAAAAGAAACUUACCCCACUAGACCGGGGUCCCCCACUCCAUGUAAACAGGCCCUUAAUACUCUGUAUCGACAUUUUACAGAAUUUGAAGCUCGUUGACAACGGCGGCGGCGAUGGCAACGAGAGCGGCAAAACAAGAACUGAGAUUAGCAAAGCAACAUCUUUGCACGUGCACCACGCUUUUUGUACAUUUCUUUGUCGUCGUUGCACGACUACGACGUGAAACUUCCUGACUGCACGUUUUAUGGCGGAUGUGAGGAUAAGGAAGCGUUUUCCUUUCCGUUUUUCUGAAUUUAGAUACAGUCCUCUUGAACUAGUCACCAACUUUUGACAAACUGAAUUAUGUGGAAUGAGAGUGAUAAAGUUUAAAACAUUGCGCAUUUACUUUUUACGUGACACCGUCGCCGUCAUUGUCGCUUAAGCUCCCUAAUUCCUUACACUUGAUGAAGAAAUAUGAACUGUUAAAGCUUUUUGAGAAAGAUACACUUGUAAACGUUUUAAUGCAUGAAUUUGAACCGGUACAAGAAGAGAAAAGUUCAAGUGAAUGAUUGUACUUGAGAAAUCUUCAGAACACUUCCGGUAAUCCUCUGCGAUUGAGUCGUCUUUUCGGGGUAGAAAUCUCGCGUCUUGACUUGAAAAAAGUAACAGGUGCCGUUUAACGUCGUAAUUUCACGUUUAUAAAGGACAACAACACACAACAACGGUACUCAGAUUUUUCUUUUUCCUAAUUUUGCUGUGGUCCUUGAGAAUACAACUCCAGAAAAAGUCGCCUACAUUGGACAAAUUUGACGAGAUUGAACAGUACGAAUUCUCGUUACAAGUGCCGUUUUCGCUGCCAUCGCUGUUUUGAUUGCUGACGCUCUCCGUGACUGGUUAUUAACUGAAAAAUCCUCUUUCAGAUACAAGCCUUGCAAUCAUUUGAACUAGUCACCGAGGACUAUCUCGAUUUCAUGCAAGAUCUCGUACAACGGCGUGGUAGUGUCUAUGGCACUAUUUGCGGAAGAUCACUUGGUAGUGGCAGUGGAAACAAUGGGGCAAACGGCGGAGGUGUGUUUAAUCGAAGCAUGGCACGAGCACCUCUUGGCAUGUUAGCUGCUUGUCGAUUUCCUAACUCGACGUGGGAUAUGUUGGGAGUCGAAGACCCUAUGGAAAUAUACAAAAACAUGACGAGGAUGUUAAAUUUAUUCGAUGUCGAGAACAGAUCGGAGACGGAUGAUAACCGAACGCCGAAGCAGUGCUCACAGCUUAAUUACAACACGACUAAUCGUAAAGGUAAGGGAUGACUUAGAUCCAUUCUCAGCUGCUUAGUUUUUACGUAGGUUUUUGCCUGGAGUUUAUUUACCAACACAAAGAUUUCAUCUACAAACUCAAAAGCCAGCGAGAGCUUGUAAACCAGUUUAGACAGUACCACAGCAAAGUAAUGCUCAGUAGCUUUCAUGAAAUGUCGCACUGAAGGAUUUCAUCCCGGCACAGACUCAAAUGUACGAACCACCUUGAACAGCAUAAUGAACAGUACCACAGGAAAAUACUGCUCGGUGGCUUUCAUUUGAAUGGUAACACUUAGGGAUUUCAUCCGCAGACUCAACAGUUAGAACCACCUUUUGUACAGCAUAAUAAACAGUGCUACAGGAAGGUACUGCUCACUAGCUUUCAUUUGAAUGGUCACACUUUAGGAUUUCAUCCACAGACUCAAAAGUUAGAACCACCUUGUACAGCAUAAUAAACAGUGCUACAGGAAGGUACUGCUCACUAGCUUUCAUUUGAAUGGUCACACUUUAGGAUUUCAUCCACAGACUCAAAAGUUAGAACCACCUUGUACAGCAUAAUAAACAGUGCCACAGGAAGGUACUGCUCAGUUUUCAUUUGAAUCGUAACACUUAGGGAUUUCCUCCACAGACUCAAAAGUUAGAAACACCUUGUACAGCAUAAUAAAUAGUACCACAGGAAAGUACUGCUCAGUAGUUUUUGUUUGAGUGUUCACAAAAUUUUGCCUCCUUUUUUUAGACACCUGUGCGAUGAUUGCCCCCAUUGACCGUGUGGAUUGUGGCUGGCCAGGAGUCACUAAAGAUCAGUGCCUUCAGAUAGGCUGUUGUUUUGACAGUUCAGUCGACCACGCACGUUACUGCUUCUAUAAGGCUGGUGAGGGUUUGCGAUAUGUUUGGUUUAUAUAAUCGUUCGCCCCAUGUAAGGCAAUCCAGAUUCCGGAAUCCGGGAAUUUUUUCCUUGUAGAAUCUGGAAUCCUGGGCUUUGGAAUUUGGAAUUCGGAAUUCAGCUCAAAGAGUCCGGAAUCCCCGGAUAAUGAAUGGAAUGCUGAGUGCAAGUUCCAAUGACAAAGAAUCGUGAAUCCAGUUCCCGGAAUCCGGAAUGCACAGCAUGAAUUUUAGCCUGCGAAAACAUUCGUUUCUCCUCGCUCUUCGCCGCUGGGGACGUUUCGCGCGGAGGAACGUCUGCGACUCAGCGACAGAAAUUCCAAACUGAUGACGUAAAAUCUGUCCGGAAUCCGGUCAGAAGCGCUGAUUGGUCGAUGGAGUAGUUACAUUGUUUUAGCUAUUGUUUACGAAUGACCGACAAAAGACAAAAGGCCACAAAGGUUAAAUGUAAACGCAAUGAAUCUCUAACCAAACGGUCAAUAUUUGUGGAAUAUAGUCUUCUCUAGAAGAAGCAUUUGAGUUUUGCUGGAGCUCGUUCGCAGAUGAACGCAACAUUCUUAACAAAAUCGACCGGGAGAAACGUGAAAUUGAACAAUUUGCAUUUGACUACCGGAUUUAUUAUGUAAACACUGAUUUACGUCAUCAGUAUGGAAUUUCUGCCGCUGAGACGCAGACGUUCCUCCGCGGGAAACGUCCCCAGCGGCGAAGAGCGGGGAGUAACGGCUGUUUUCGCAGGCUGCAUGGAAUCCAGAAUCCAAGACUAUCUUGGAUUACCUUCUAAAGGGCGAAAUCGGAUAGAACUGAAGCGUGAAUGUAGACGACUUCCACAAAAUGGUCAGAUCGUCCCCGUGUUGUGCCAAAAAAUCGAGAGAACGAGGAUAUCCGAACGAUUCUUCGGAAACCGAGCUUUAAGACGCAACUUGUUUAGAAUACCCAUGUUAAUCCAACCUUUUCGUAAUGCAUAAUAAGUUUGGCUAAUAACGGGCCCAAGUAAGGUCUUACUAUAUUUUUCUAAUAUUGUGCCCACGUUGUACCAACACAGUUGCUCAUGAUCUUUAAUGCGAGUAUUGUUAAUUCGUUUACAGAGGCUGCACAGUGUAACUGUUACGUAGGCAGAAUGGUGCGAGUAUUGGGGAAUGUGACCGGAAACCCAGGACAGGGUCAGUAUGAUAGGGGAUUUGUUCAACUGGCUUCUUUGUUCUUGAAAGGCAAGAUCCUGUACACCCCCGAUAACAAUGUGACACGGAAUAUCGUGAAACAGGUGAGAAGAAUGAAUUAAUAAACUUGAACACUUUAAUAUUUAUUAGUCAGUAAUCAUAAGCGCCUAGAACAGUUAAUGAUAUAGACGCUAUGUAAAAGUUUUAUUAUUAUCAUUAUUAUUAUUAUUAUUAUUAUUAUUAAUUAUCAUUAUUCAUGCAAAAUAUUUCUCCGUUUCUGAUCGGCUAACAAGGCUACAACUAUACGAACUUUGGCGAGACGAGCGCAAUUAGUUUGCGACUCGCCUGACAGGAAAUAACUUUCAAAACACUAUUUCCCUUUCGUAAACGGUCUUUGCCAUUUUUAACGUUCGAUGCCACCAUUAGUAACCAAGCCUUAAGUCAUGAUAGAUGUAUUAUAAAUUAUUCCUUGGAUUAAGUUACAAUACUGCAAUUUAUAAGGUUUUGAAUAGUCUUAGAAAGAGCGAUGUAGAAGCUCAAGUUGACUUCACAUUAAAAUUUAUGGAAAGGGCCAGGGUCACGUUUUGUUGAUGUAUCAGUUAAGAAAGACAGUUUGGUAGUUUUUGUACUUAAUUUUUCGGAAUUUUGGUGGUGUAGUGUUAAGGGAGAGAGAUUAGGAAACGAAGAGUCCGGGUAGGACCCAGAGUUGCGAUCUUCUUUAGUUUCUCUUAAAUAGAAACACUCUCAAUAACAGGUCAAAAAUUUUCCAAGUGUCUUAAAAUUGGUAGCGACCGUUUACGAAAUGGACAACUUCGUCACCGCACGACUACAACGUGAAACUCAGCAUUCUGUUUUAUUGUGUUGACUGAAGCCAUUUUAGGGAAACACUUUCUAGUUUACAUAAUGUAAACCUGUAAGGAUUCCAGAACACAAAUUUAUGAUCAGCAUCGUCACGCUGAUGGAAACAGGAAUUCUAAGCUUUUUUUUCUCCUAUUCGUGUUAUUUCCCUUUUUAGGUUAAAAACGAGCUGUCUGAUAUAACUCGGAUCAGGGAAUUUGCCCACUGGUGGGUAAAUAAUUCAGACAUGAUUCACAAGAAUGUUUUGAAUUUUACUGAGAUGCUGAAGCAGCCAAUACCAGAGGUAUGUGCUUAACCCUGUAAACCCUAAGAUCAAAAUUUGAAUUCUCAUUUGUUGCCCCUAUUCAUUGCCUACAGAAGUAGUGGGGAGAAGUUGAUAAAAUAUCAAGCAAAUGCAUCUUGUGUGAUCAUGUCCAUAAUUCUCAUGACCGCUCUGUUUUACAAAGCAUUGAUAUUGUAAGGAGAAAUUUGAUGUUGAUCACUCUGAGGGCGUAAAGUGUUAAUAACUAAAGCUGUCACUGCUCAAAGGUAAGCUUCCAGUCGUGUCUCGUUUCCUGGUUACGUACGUGAUCGAGAAUCGUGUAUUGCGGAACCUUCACGAAAAUGGAUUCGGACGCCAUCUGCCUGAGAAUCAAGUCGAGCGCUACUCGCAACCUACUGUUUUACGCCCGCGGUCUUUCAUGGUCUCUCACGCUCUCUGUUGUAUAGCUUGCGAUCAGGCGUUCUUUUUCGGAGGGAAAGCGCGAACGUCGGCGGGAAGGGAAGAAGGACCGCCUGACCGCAGGUUACCUGUUGUAAAGAUUUGAAUACGUAGUUGAAUUUUGUUGCAGUACUUUCUUUUUGGUUUUAACAGAUCCGCUAUUUUUCCCUUUCAGCGUUUUUGUAACUGGCUUUCUGUGGCGCUUCCUGGACAGUCGCCACAGGACAGAUUAAAGAUCCUAAACGAGCUGAGAACGCAAAACAUAUCCGGAAACUUUUCCUUUGCUGGUACAAACGGCAAUUUCACCCUGCUUCCCCCAUCGUUCAACGUCAGCGUUGUCCUUAAAAGCCUGGACGAUUUCUUCCAGAUGGUUGUCACUGUAUUCGAUUGUAUCAACCAUGAGUACUUUGAGGGUUUCGGCGAUGAAGAGUCUUUGGUAAAGCGUGCUAUCAACACGUCAGAAUCACCAACUAUUGCCAGUAAGUUAACACAGUGGGAUCAUUGUACGUUUCUUGGGAAACUGCCUACCUACCCCUUCCCCAAGUCAACAUUAAAACUUACUUCUCACUUAGGGCAAAAUGUUGGCUUAGGGGAGGGGUAGGUGCGAAGAUUACCAGAAACGUGUUUGUCGUAUGGCUGGCUUCCCCCCUUCUUCCUCCGGGAAUGGGCAAAAUGAAGGGAAUCCUGUUAUGUUAUGUUAUGUUAUGUUAUGUUAUGUGUUCUGAUUGGCUACCCGAGUGGUCAUGGCGGGCCUCUCGCGGGAUUUCUCGCUUGGUCCGACAAAUAAAGAUUUUGUUUUAGCCGCUCUAUUGAGACAAACGGCAAACGUGAGAUAUUCAGGUUUACAAUUUCUCAAUUUAAGUAGCAUAAUUUGUUUUGGAUGAAACUGACAUAAAACUACUAAAUUAACUGUAAUUGACUCUAAAUGACAAGUGAAGAGAAUACUUGGUCACGUGGUACAAAUCAAAAGUUGCCGUUUGCCGAAGUGAUUCUAAAUAUCUCCGAGAAAUCUUUUGAGAAACUUGUCGGGUCAGGAUGGCUGAAAAUUGGCCCCUACUUCUCUCGUUCCAUAAAACACUUCGAUAACGUCUAAAGGUGAUAAGACUCUUAUCAGAAGUUUGGCUGGCCAAAAAACCACAGGCGAACUACCGGGCAUGCGCAUGCCCACCGACCGCGGACUACUAGAACUGGAGACGUUAAGUUGCAUUUAAAUGCAUUUUGUUUUAUUGUUAUCCGCAGGUCUGGUGUUUGUUGAUGCAGUUGGCGAUGAAAACAAUGUUCCUCAGUUUGUUAAAUACAAAAUACGACAAGACGUAGAUUACACUCCUGCCACAAACAAGAUACGCCAUUGGUAAGCAAUAGACAUUUCACUGAAAAUGAGCAAGGUUUUCCUCUGUUGUAACCCUACUCUUGUACUUUGUACUUUUUUAUUCAGGUAUUGGCGACCAGGCCCGUAUCACAGCUGGAAAGGAGAUGCUUAUUUCAAUUUCGGUUUUCUGUACCUUCAAGAUCUGAUUGACCGCGCCUUGAUAAAUUUAAUGCUUAAUGAAUCAGUUGCUGAACCUGGAGUGUACCUGCAACAGUUCCCGUAUCCAUGUUACAUUGAAGACAAGUAAUUAGCGUUUUCUGUAAUUUCAUAAUUAGAUUUGUGUAGGUAAUAGCACGAUUUGUAGUGAUAUUUGACAUAGAUAACACGAGUGAUAUUUCAAAAUUGUUAUACGAAAUUUGAGACAAUUUUGAAAUAUCACGAGUGGUAUUUAUGCCAAAUAUCACGUACAAAUCAUGCUAUUAUUUGUUUAUACU